UAAAAACCGGACACUUCCACUCAAAUGUUUCUAAGAGAUUGGAGGAAGCUGGAUCUCAAUUGUGUCAGCCAUCAUUAAAAGGAGCAAAAUCUCUCUCGUCUGGAAUCAAAAGAAUUGGUAGCAUGCAUCUACAUCCUGCAAUUGAGCAAGGGGUGGGUGCUAUUGCUAAUGAUGCACAAAUUGGAAGCAAAUUGCUCGCUGCUCCUGUAUUAGUUGAUAGAGAAACCAACGCCAAACAUGCAAUAUCUGGAAGGGAGGACUUCAAUUCUGCUGGUGUACCAAAUAAGGCCAAACUGGUUGGGAAUUCACUCAUGUGUAAUAAAGAAGUAACAGAAAGGGAACCUGUCCUAGGAAGUGGACAGAGAAAAAGUCUCAAUGAUCUCAGGCAUGUGGAAAUUUCUUCCAGUCAAGCUAGUCAUUCCAGCUCAAGUGAGAAGACAAUUAAACCUAGUACUCAGACAUGUGUAAGUUCUAAAUUCAUGCUGUCGAGCCUGGAGUCUAUGAGGAACACUAAGAUCAUUACAGCUGAAGGGAAUAAACUUUUUACUGAUAAACCUGCCAAGAAGAAAACUGAACUUUCUACCUUGAACAUUUCAAAGAAUAUUGGUGGCAAUAAAGUUUCAUCUAAUGCUGCAUCUCAAAAAGAAAUAAAAUCCCUGAGUUCAGAGAAACACAUGGAAGUAAAAGGCAAUGUGGAAUUGAAGACUGCCCAGAUUGUUGAUCGCAGUGAGAAACAAAUGCCACCAAACCUUUCCUUGAAGCGAAAAAUAUUUGAGGGAUCAGACUCAGGUUUAGCAUCUUUAAAGCCUCUAAAACGCCUCUCUCAGUCACCAAGUGAAAUCAG